AGCGCACUACGGUUCCACCGUCGUGUCGCUUCGCGUCGCGUGCGUUACGUCAGCGCGGACAUUGUUGUUGUCGUCAUCGCCGUCGUAAACAUUGUUAAUCCUGUCACUGUUGAUCAGUGACAUAUUUCCCGCGAGUAUUUUCAGUUGCUUUAUUUUACGGAAAAAAAAUCAUAGCGUGUUUAGACUAGAAUUAACGAAUAAAAUAUUACGUUUUGUAUUAACAGUAGGCCUGAUUCUGUAUUUAUUAUUAAUACGCAACAGUCGUAUAAAUUUAAAUUUCGGUUGUUCAUGACUUUUCUCUCGUCCUAUCAAACGGGAUAAAAUAUUGUUUCAGUGAACAUCAUCAGAACACAAACAGCAUUUCCAUGGCUUCUGAAUUUCACAUUUAAAUUUAAAGUUCAUUAAAUGUUGCUCAAUCAUGUUAUAACUAUUCAUAGUGCUGUUAAAAAAUGCUGGAACUGGACAUCGCGAAGUAGACACAAAAUGCAGUUUCAUUAAGAGUGGGGCUGUGCUUGGCGGUAACCAUCGGUAAGGUAGCGUUACGGUAGCGUGACGGAGGGUCUCCGGAGCGCAUUGGCCCGGCUGCGAUCUCGCACCGGGAGUCCACAGAACCACGGCUCCACAGCUGGGCAGGACUCGAGCCUGCCACAGACACGAUCUUCACAGGGGUUUGGCAAGGGUUCGCCGUGUAAGGGCAAGAUGACAGUGCUCCAGCGGUCGGGUCCAAUGUCCAGUACAUCCUCUCUCUCCUCUUCAGGAACACCACCCAGUGGUGGGGAACACGACUUGCUCUCCACCGCCUCUUCAGCCUUAAGACGCCUUCACUUCAAAUCCGCCGGUGGGAGUCGAGCAAACAAGAAACAUCAACCAUCACAACAGCCAGUUCCCAAGGUCGUGAUAAUGGGCAGCAGUACAACCUCCACGUCGUCCAACAACACCAUUAACACCAGCACGGAUUCAGCCAACACUGUGGCAACGAUGAUAACCGUGACGGACGGCGAGACAGACACCGACACCGACAAGAAGCCUAUUAACUACAUGAACGACAUUGUCGGGACAUCCUUAUCGCUAGAGAAAGAUGAUGAUUUCUAUAGCGGCUCAAGUACAGAUGAUUCGAACCCAGUUCCACCGCCCCCAACACCACUUUUAGGAGCAGUUUCUAAAGAGCAACAUUUCAUUUUUGUCAGAACCGAAGUCGACGAUGAGGAACAUACUGGGCAUCCCGAUGAGGAGACGAGGAAGAUAUCGCUGUUAAAAUCGUCUAUCCACAAUAACAAGAACAUAAAAGAUGGCGUCUCCACGACGACAACAACAAAGUCGCCUCGUUCUAGUCGCCGCCGCCACCACCACCACAGACAGAAGACUGACGCAAGAAGCAAAACCAACAGCAACAUGAACGGACACCACCCUCCGCCAGACCUUCGUGUUGACUUCUUCUCCGACUGUUUCUCAAAACCUGUUUUCAACACUGCAGACAAAGAGCGCGUGUUCGACAAAAACUUCCGUCGGCACAGCAUCAUGACGGAUGUCACCACGACAGUAGACAAAGGAAGAAGUGACAAGAGUCUUGCAGGCGGGUCAGCAGUAUUGGCGUCGUCAUCGUCUUCCUCGUCAACCGCAGCAGUUCUCCUGAAAAAGGCGGGAGUUUUACAAGGAACCGCUAGCACAGUAGUCGGAGGAGAAGACGAAGUGUUGGAAAAGACUGCUACGUCAUCAGGCGUCGGAGAGGGAACUAAUAUAAAUAUCCCUACCUCGCCGCCGAAAGUGAACACAACUACAAAUCCCCUUGGGAUAGCAGGAGCUACACCGCUGCCAAUGAGACAUCCUACGGCUACCACGAUCGUGGUACAACAACCAUCAGUGACUGGCGGUAGUCCGACAAUAGCAACGGUGCUGCUGAAGAACUGUGGUGCUAGUAGUGGUGUUGGUGUGACUACGGCGGUAACGCAGUCUGGAGACUCGGCGAAGACAGUGUCAGUCACCAAGUUGCAGCGAGAGGAAAACAUGAAGCAGCUGCUAGAUGUAGCAAACACGCUCACCCUUCAGGAGCUACACGACUUUGAGAUGAAGUACGGGAGUCCUCAUCACAGCCGGUCGCAGUCUGUAAAAACUCCGGGCAGUCGAUCGAACAGCGGGCGACCCAAUUACCUAUGCCUGCCACAACAGAGGUCCCGCGUGGCUAGUAUGCCGAACACUGACGUCGAGGAGGAAUACUACCGCCUCAGGCACUUCAGCAUCACGGGUAAAGGAGUCGUGAACCGCGGGGAUUCCCUCAAGAGCAGGCGUUCCAGGAGCAACAACAGCGUCACUUCCAGCAACUCCAGCCACAGACUUGCCAACCGAAUUGGAGAUGAAAGCACGGAACAUUUGACCGCUGGUGGAGGAGCAGUGGUGACCACUGGUGGCAGUUCCUACCCUGGCUCAGCCAGAACCAGUGCCACGACGUCUUUGGCUUCCUCGAGAGAAUCCAGCACCAGCAAUCCGGGGCCGACAGGGUACAAGGUCGUCAUGUUAGGCUCAGCGGGUGUCGGAAAGUCCUCUCUCAUCAACCAGUUCAUGACGUCAGAAUACCUUCAUGCGUACGAUACAUCUCUAGAUGACGAGUUUGGGGAGAAGUCUGUGUGUGUGCUGUUGGACGGAGAGGAGUCGGAGCUCACGUUUAUCGAUCACCCGUCCUCCGAGAUGUCGCCAGAAAACUGCAUUUCAUCUUACGAACCGCACGCAUAUUGCGUCGUCUACUCGACGGUGGACAGAGCUAGCCUGCGAUGCGCUGAGGAGAUCCUACAAUGUCUGUGGAAGAACGACACAGUGUCUUCAAAAGCUGUUAUCCUAGUGGGAAACAAGACAGACCUUGUUAGGAGCAGGACCGUUCCCACUGAAGAGGGGAAGAACAUGGCGACAUCUUACGACUGCAAGUUCAUUGAGACUUCGGUGGGCAUCAACCACAACGUGGACGAGUUGCUUGUGGGAAUACUUACACAAAUCAGGCUCAAACUGGAAAACCCGGAGCGCGCAAGGGACCUGUUCAGGAAGAGGAGUUGUUCCCGCAAGAAGAACAGAAACAAGUCCCCCCUGGGUGGAUCAGGGGGUCACAAACCAUACAGGGGCUCCAGAACGUCCACCAGCCUGAAGGUGAAGGGCCUCCUUGGUAAAGUUUGGGCACGGGAUUCCAAAUCAAAGUCGUGUGAAAACUUACAUGUUCUCUAAAGUGUAAUUUUUCAAAAAGAAUGGACGGAUUUUUAUAUUGUUUAUAUUACAAAACAUAGGUUAGUAUGUAGAAAUUAGCCAUAAAUAGAAGGAUUAGGUAUUAGCCCAUUUAUGACAGAUCAGAUUAACUGAAUAAUUAGAUUGGAAUUUUUUUAUAAAGAAUGACAAAUACUUAUGAUUUAGCCUCUUAACACGGAGAACUCAGUAUAUUUUCUGAAAAAAUGCAAUAAUAUAAGUAUUAAGUGAUGCAUUUUUAAAUGGCUUAAAGUAAUAAUGAAGAUACGAAAUUUUAUGCAGGAAAAAUAUUAUCAUUCCGUUAAAAAUUAAAAGGAAUCAUAAACAUGGCUUUAUCAAAAUUCGUAGGAAACGGUUUAACUUUAGUUUCUAUAAAUCCACAGCCAUAAAUAAAUUUAAUAAAAUUGUACAUUUUUAGAAAGAAAUAUCUGAUUCUGCGUCAUACUUAGUUACUGAUAAUUAAUUACUUUACAAUUUAUCGUGUUCUAUUAUUUUGAAAAUAAUUAUUUAAAUAUCUUUCUUGUCCGAUAUUCAUGUGACUCUGCAUCAAUUUUUGCGAAGGAGACGAAAUUAAUUUUUGACACGAUACUAAGGAAAGUAUUGUUUGCAUUUACUGGUUGCGGGUAGCUUGAAUUGCACAGGUCUUGCGCGAACUAGUGUUCUUUUCGACAACUCGCUUCUGUUUGGGCAGUCCAGGCCACCAUUGCCGACCGUUGUGUAAAGGAACUUACGUGAGGUGACCGCUGAGUAAAUUUGCUGUUCGCAAUUUUUAAGAUGACUCAAUACAAUGUAUGGUCGUUAUAAAUGGGCUACGACAAGUAAUGACAUGUACGAGUUCUUGAUAAACAUGUUUCAGCAUGUUAAUAGAAUAUAGUAACAUGUUUAAAUUGAUAAUUUUUAUAAAAUGUUUAACUUAUAAAGACAAAUAUGUAAUACGAUUAUGUGUCUUUUAUUUUCGUAAAUUAUUUCUGUGUCAUGCUUUUGUACGUUCAGUUAUAUGUGUGUUAAUUAUUCCGAAAUAUUUUGUUACUGUAGCGUAAGUGUUUAUAGAGUCCCGGUUACUACAAAAUCUGUUUUGCACUGUUUGCACACUUACUAACCAACUUCGGUCAAGUAUCUCACACACAGUCACAGGCACAGUGCGUAUGCGCACAUUAAUAGCCUAUUAUUAAUUAAUAAUAACAUUUUAAGACACUAUUUUACGGAAGAAGGAAUUUUUUAUUCAAAAUAAUUAUAAAUAUAAGUCACUUUGCAGCGUAUAUCUAGAAUGUAGAUUCAUAUAAUUUUAUAGUGGCAUCAAUAGUAUUUUUAAAACUACAGUUUUUAAAAUGGGGUUACUACACACCAAAUAUACUUGUGAUUCAAUUAGUAAUCAAAAACAAAACAUAAGCAUUCCCUAAACUUUCAUUAUUAACACCCAUCGAAGCUGUUACUAUAACGUUCCAAAAUACGCACGUUUUAAAAGUGAUUAAAAAUAAAUACAAUUUGUCUCACUCUGCAGACAUAAACCCUUUUAUAUUUAAAUUAGACUGACCAAAUAGUCACAGUUUUAUACCAUUGUUCAACUAAAUAAGCAUGUAAACAUAAUCAGAAUAGAAUGUCUUCAGGUCUCUGUUAAAACGAAUGCAUAAAUGUGUGGUAUGGGAAUUAAAAGAUGUGUUUGGGGUAUCCUAAUGUCAGAAGCUAUAAAAAAUGAGUAUGUGGAAACAAAUCAGCAAGAUGUGCUUCCAAGUAGCGGAACAUUUUACAGGGUUUUACUGUGAAUAAAUACGAAUACACACAAUAAUCUAUAAAUGAAUUGCGUCGCUUAUCCAUAGUCCACAUAAAAGCACGCAAGAAAAUGAGUAAUUAUACACAACAGCUGCUCAGAAAAUGGCUGAAAAAGUUCGUGUGUUGUUGGUUUCACAAAACAUGUUUCAAACAGGCCUACUCAGAAAAACUUACUGAAAUAUUGCACAAAUUUUGUGGCAAAUUAAUGAAAAAUAACUUACUAUUAAAAUGACGAAUUAACGCAUCUCUACAAUUCUACUUAGUGGGUAUUACAAUUAGUAAUUUAGCAAUAAAAAUCAGACAAAAUUAAUUUUCAAAAUACGUUUAAUCUGUUUAACAUAAUAAAAAGUCACACGAAUGUAGGCCUGUUUUGAUAUGUCAGCCAGUGUAGCAAAAUAAAAAUUACACAUGACUGAACAUCAAAAGCACUUAAUGCGAAUGGAUAAGAAGGAAACCCUUUCUCUAACCAGUGAUAAAGAUACAAAACAGUAUCGCUAUUAUUGAACUAAAUUUAUGACAUUUCAAUAUUUAGCAACAAUUACCACAUAAUCAAUACAAGGUAUACAGCACAGGUCCUAAACUGAACUAGACUACAUGCACAUUCCAGGUAAUUAAAGAUACUGCGAGACUCGUGUCUGGGAAUGGCUAAUUCAGAAUUAUUUGAUAUUAGUUGUUGCUUCGAUGUUGACUGCCAGCGACAAGCAAAUAUAUCAAAACCAAACUAGUCAUUAGCAUUAAACCUAAAUACAAGUAAACUAUCAAUUCACCUUUUGCAUUGGUGACUCAUUUUAACGAUGUGAUCAAAUUGUACUCCAAUUUUAAAUUCAUAAUAUAUUAGAUAUAGUAUAUGAAUAUAUUGCGCCACACCUAGGGGUCCAUUUAAAUAGGAAAAAUAAAAUAUAAAAACGUUUAAUUCUAACAUAAACAAUUAAAAGUAUAACUUCAAAUACUGAGGGGAAAUAUAGACCAAAUAUUUGAUGACCAAAGAUUAAAAAUAUUACAUAAAUAUCCCCUUCAAUGUGCCUUCAUUUAUGUGGAAAGGCUUUCAGAGGAACAUUUUUUUUUAAUUUUAAAGUCUCAAGUCAGCGAAGAUUGUAUCAGUAUUUGACAUCCAGAACAAUUACGGUAUAAUUUUCUCCCUGAAUUUAAAUGAAUUAAUUUAGCAUUAAAAGUAUUCAGGCGAACUAACAAAUUUUUCAGUUUCAAUUUAGUGGUUUCUCAAUAACCAUACUGGAAUUACAUAAACUAAAUUCUACGGUACAAGGUAUGUAGGGUUCUUUACACUACAUCCAACAAACUUCUUCCGAUAAUACGAAAACAAAUUAUUAUAGCAAUGCAAUCGGUAAACUGUCAUGAACUACUGAACAUGUAAUUCCGUCGCGCGAAUUGGAUGUGUUUGAAGAUAAAUGCGAUAAAACAAUAAUGCUUUUGCCGUGGAGUCAUUUGUAAGCUUGAGCGCCAGAGAAAUCGUUCAGCUUUCUGCUACUUUCUACCUAGGGACCAAUCGGUCCGCACGAACAUCGCAUUUAUUACGCUAAUUUUAAUUAUUAGAUGGAUGAAAGCAACUCAAUGCUUGUGAAUUAAAUUAUAUCGAUCGACAAAUAGAUACGUUUUGGAAGAUGGCGGAAAGAGCUCAAAAAUAGUAUUGGCUCAAUAAGUAUAGUAAGUAGAAGUAUUGCUUUAGAACAGAAAGUAACAAAUCUUCAUUGUUCCGACUGAAACAAAUUAAAUACAAUAGUUUAUCCUGUGCAGUUAUAAUAUCAACAAUAACAAAAAGCUUAUUCUCACGUUAAGUUAAAAAUUUUGUUUUUUGAUUAAGCACGCUAAAACUUUUGAUUUAGUAAGCUGCUUAUGACAAAAAUGAUUUUUGUUCUGAAAAAGAUAACCUGGAUCAUAGGGGGUUAAGAAUAGUCGCAUUAGGUGACUCCAGAUAUACCUUAUGCAAAGCUUCAGAAGUCAUUUUGCUAUUAGUUGCAGUAUGAAUUAAAUACUAUGACUCUGACAGUAAAAAACUUAAUAAAUAAUAAUAUAAAUUGUAAUCCCCAGAAAAUAUUUUUUGCAAACUUGUAUAUUUAAGAUCUAGUUGGACCAGAAUUUGUAGAAUAUAUUUACUGUGAUGUCAUAAGAGUAAUACAUUUUUAGUACAGAAACUCAACUGGUAUGAAAUUAAUAUAUCACUGCAUGUUGAUGACUAAAGGUGUAAAAGUUCUCUUUUCAAUUAUAAAUGAGGAACUCAAUGCAUUUGAAACUAAUCUUACCAGUUCUGUUUUGUCAUAGAGGGUAGUGAGGGUAUGACUUCUGGUUUGUGUUUUGUUUGUCAGUUAUUUAGCAUUUUAAAACAAACUGACUCACCACUCUGUAAUUUAUAUCCUAUAUUGCACCGUAUAACCAUAGUACUAUAAUUUCCAACAACCAUGUCUUCAUCACCAUAAAAAUUCAUGCUUCGUAUAAGUCAGCUGUUUGAUGUUCAACUGUAUUUAAAAUAGUACUUCAACGUAACAUAUGUGUACUAUAAUGCACCAAUGUGUAUUUUGUCUUGAUUUUACAGAAGUAUGUUGUCCAUAUUUUAGUUGAGGAAUGAUCUAAUGUAAGUGAAAACCGUCAGUCAGCAUAUAUAUAUCUGUAUAUCUUAAGGAUAAAAUUUCAGUGUUGUUGUUUCCGUGAGAAAUCUAAGUAAUUUGUAUAUCAGCUGUUAUGCUUGUAUUUUAUAUACAUAUUAAAUUUGUGUCAUAAGUUUUAUAA